CUAUCUCGACCUCCCCCGCAGAGAUUCCUGCCUGCGCGUUCACGUUUCUCGAAACGCGCGGCGGGGGCCGAGGACAGAAGCCUCGCGCAGUUCGGCGGAAAAGAGUCGUUAUUAUUUUUAGCGCCUGGUUCGUGUUUCGCGAGGGGUCGCUUCUCUGUCUCUGCGCCACAGUCUGCGCAGAGCUCGCGCGGAGCACGAGAGGACCCGCCGUGACUGAGCGCGGAGUUGUGGGGGAAGCGCGCGAGGACGAACAUAACGGGCUCCGGACACAGACCAUCUGAAGGGAGGCUUAUCACAUAUCACGUAUCACCGUAUCGUUCGGCUUUGGUCUCGGCCUGUCCGGAGAUGGCUAGCCCCGCUGCCUCUGGAGAUUCACCGAAUGCCCCGCGGGAGCAGGAGCCGCUGGAGCAGCACCAUCCCGAACCAGCCUGUCGGGAGGCUCAGAAAUGGAUAGAGGCUGUAACCGGGAAGAGCUUUGGAGACAAGGACUUCCGCAGUGCGUUGGAGAACGGCAUCCUGUUAUGCGAGCUCCUAAGUGCGAUCAAACCAGGACUCGUCAAGAAGAUCAACAGGCUGCCCACCCCCAUUGCCGGGCUGGAUAACCUGUCAGUCUUUCUGCGUGGCUGCGAGGAGUUGGGCCUGAAGGGCGCCCAGCUGUUUGACCCAGGGGACCUGCAGGAUACUUCCAUACGAGCUAACCUCAAGGACUCAGACUGCAACCGCAAACUAAAGAAUGUGCUGAACACAGUGUACUGGUUGGGGAAAGCCGCCAGUGGCUGUGCUUCCUAUAGUGGGCCUACUCUAAACCUCAAGGAGUUCGAGGGGCUUCUUGCUCAGAUGAAGUUGGAGAGCGAAGAAGGAGGGGACAGUUCACAGAAGCGCAGUGUUAGAGACAGCGGUUAUGACUGCUGGGACUCUGAGAGGAGUGAGUCCCUUUCUCCACCACGGCACACUCGAGACAACUCCCUAGACAGUCUGGAUUCCUUUGGCUCACGCUCGCAGCACAGCCCUUCUCCCGAUGUCGUGAAUCGAGGAAACAGCGACGGGCGAGGCAGCGACUCAGAGGCCGAUGCCCCCAACAGGAAGCCAGAUGUGCGGAAGGACGACAUGUUGGCCAGAAGGACUUCCAGCAAAGAAGCAAGAAGUUCUGUCCCCUUUAACCAAUUUCUUCCUAACCGAACCAACGCCACCUCCUACAUCCCAACUCCACGGCGAAAACCACAUACGGAAGAGAGAGAGCAGCGGAGUCAGCCACAAGCUACUGCAGAUCAAUGCAAAAAAAUUACACUCCUCCACAAAACCUCCAAGACUGUCACUUGGGCACCUGAGAACAAUGGGGGAAAACAGGAAGAGGAAGUGGUCACCCAGGAAGUGUUGGAGCAGAGGAGGAUGCAGAAGCUGGAGAAGGCGGGAAUUAAAGUUCUUCCUGCUGUCGUUCGCUACAGCAGCCCUCCCGAAACGGAGGAAAAGGAACCGAGGUCACCGUCCCCGAACAUCAUCCUCCGCCGUGAUAACGACUUUUUGAGCUCCCAGAAGUCAGCGUGGGAUUCCCCCUCUGACGGGGAAGAGGAAGCAGCGGUGCGGAAAGUUCCAGAUGUCCGGAGGGAUGACUUGGCGUCCAGGCGAGCUCAUCGUGGCACAAUCGCACCCAAAGUGCACCAGUUCAUCCCUCCUCCUUUAUGUACCGAUAAAGACAGAGAGCGCUGGGAGGGCAUCAGACGAGCCUCGCAGCAAAUGCUUCAGGAGAAGGAGAUCAGUGAGAAGGAGGCGGUUGCUGACAUCAUUACACGCAGAGACAACCCCUUCCUAAACGCUCCCUCUUGCCACGAGGAAGAGGAGGAUGAGGAGGACGAGGGACACGAGGGGAAGGUUAAAGCGAUGCCUAAUAAGCAGAAGGAUGACCUGGCUCGUAGACGGGCUCAGAGUAGGCCCCUCCCUCACAGGGACGGCCCGGUCAGCUUUGUGUCUUCCUCCAUGAGCCAGGCAGAUAUGCAGAAGUGGGAGAGACUCAGGAUGAGUGAACCAAGUGAUCUUAGCCCAGGCCCCGUGUGUCAGGCCUGCCUGGAGAAAAAUUAUGGAGGUCCCUUCAGCGGAUCAGCAAAGGCUGGACGAGGUCACGGCAAAGUUGUGACCUUUGGGGGCGUGACUGAGAUCGAGCAGCCAAUAGACACAGUCAUGUCGAGUGAAGGCGAGGAGACGGAGUUACUUAGACGACUCCUUUCCAAGGCAACCGUAGCCAUGCCUACCAUUGGCCUGGGCUCCCAGCUUUCAGAGCGGGAACGCAGCCAGGUAGUUGGAGCUGACCCCAAUCAAGCUACCUCUCCCUCUGCUGACCUUCCACCCUGGACCAUCAAGGCUGCUCCGACUCCCGCUGAGAUUGAUGCCCGCCUGGCUCAAUAUGAGGGGAGAACAGAGGAAGAAGAGGAUGAGGAGGAAAAAGAGGGGAGAGUCCCAGAUCUUCAGAAAGACGACAUGAUGGCAAGGAGGACGGGAGUUUUCCAUAAACAAAGCACCGCUACAGUGACUUACAACCGCUUCCUGCCUCUGCCUGCCUCCAAACGCUGCACACAGGGGGAGGUAACCACAGACGCUGCUCCGCAGAACAAGAAGAAAGUGCAGGCAGACAGGAGCAAGAAACUGGACGUCAGAGUGGAGCACCAGCAGCCCAUGGAAGCACCUCAACAGCAGGUCGAGACAACAGUGAUCCGAUCAGCGUCUCAGGGUGAGCGGGAAAACGGUGAUAAUGAGGAUGAGUGUGGCGAAAAUGUGCCUGUGCCUGACCCGGGGAAAGAUGAUAUGAUGGCUCGAAGGACGGGAUCGUUCCAAAAAGCGAGCACAGCUAAAACAAAUCAGUUCCUGCCUGUACCCGGAUCAGUGAAGUAUAACAUCAGUCCAGUGUCUGCUAUGAAGCAGCUCCACAGCAGACCUAAGCUGACAGAAAAGGAGGGUGAAAGCAGCAUUGUUGCUGUGGCAGCAGAGCCACAGGCCCUGCCCUCCAAAGCUCCAACCAGUCCCACCUUUGCAGUGCUGAGAGAGAGGCGUGAGGAAAAGGAGGAAAAGCAAGAAAGCGGAGGUGCGAUGGUCCCUAAUACCUCUGCCACAGUUAUUGCCGAGCCCCUCUUUUCUCCUUCACUCACGCCUGCACCCAGUCCUGCUCCUGCACAGGUCUGUAGUGUGAAGUCAGGGCUGGAAAAGCAGAAAGUGGAGGAGAGAGUUGAGGAAACAGCUGAGGUGGAGGAGAGAAAGAAGGAUGUGAAUGUGAAGCCUCGAAAGAAACCCUUCUGGCUGGAGGAUGACGAGCUUCCUCCAAUGAUGAUGAGCCGACGUGUUGCUUUUAUGUCUGAGGACACCGAGAGUGUGAGUAUGGGUGACAUGCUUAACGACGAGGAGGUGGGACACUUACCGUCGCUGAGCCAAUCGCGACAUGAACACAUGCACGAGCAGUACAACAACUUUCUGGAGGAUGAGGACCACUGGCAAGAUGACCUGGCUCGCUGGAAGAAUCGCCGCCGCAGCGCGUCACAGGAUCUAAUCAGAAAGGAGGAGGAGAGGAAGAGAAUAGAAAAGAGGAUGAAGGGGGAGGGACGUGACGGCAAUAAGAGGAAGAGCAUUAAGACUUAUAAAGAGAUAGUGGAGGAGAAGGAGCGCAGAGAGGCAGAGCUGUGUGAAGCCUACAGAAACGCAGCGACUCCAGAAGUGGCAGCCUUGGUUUUGCAGCGCUACGCUCUCCGCUUCACCAUCAGUGAUGCAGUACUGGACAGCCUAAAACUACCCAGAUCCACCUCAACACCCAAAACCGAACUAAAUGAGCUGGACAAAGAGCAGAAGCCAGAAUCACCUGUUAAUAAUGCUGAGAUGUCAGAGCCUCUGCGCCAACCAGAAUCACCUGUUAAUAACGCUGAGAUGUCAGAGCCUCUGCAUCAACCAGAAUCACCUGUUAAUAACUCUGAGAUGUCAGAGCCUCUGCGUCAACCAGAAUCACCUGUUAAUAACGCUGAGAUAUCAGAGCCUCUGCGUCAACCAGAAUCACCUGUUAAUAACGCUGAGAUGUCAGAGCCUCUGCGUCAACCAGAAUCACAUGUAGUUACAAAUCAGGAGCACAUGAAACCUGAAGAGAUAGAGACAAACACAGCAGAUCAGCAAGAGAAAUCAGCCACCAGCCCUCUAACACCAAACAGUCCAACCAGUCCUCUGUCCACAGUCACAGACUCACAGAGUGUGUCACCUCAGUCUCUGGAGUUUAAUGAACCCCAGACCCAACUGAUGGAGUCUCCGACUGCGCAACAGGCUGCCAUCACAGGAGAUCCACAGCCUCAGACAAAACACACUUCACCUCAGAGUGUGCAAGGGCAGCCUCACCCCACACAGCCGGCAAACGCUCUCCCCUCCCCACCAUCUGUGUCCUCCAGGCCCAUCCCCCUGCUAGCAGCCAAACCCUACUGCCAGCCUGGGGCCGCUCUCCCUGGGCACAAACCUAUCAAGGAUGGGUUGGUACGAGUGAAUGGGGAGGCGACGGAGGAGCUAACUGUUUCCACUCCACCUACCUCCCCUCAGCACUCACCACAGGAGACCAAAGAUGUUUCCUCCAAAGAGGCGGAGAAAGAUGCUCCACCUGUGGAGGCUGUUAAAAGUGCAGAGACUGCAGAGCAGCAGCCCUCGGAGACAGAGAAGUCAACGCCGUCUUCAGGCUCUGCCAUCAGCUCCCUGAUCGAAGGUCGAAACUGUAUCAUCACAACAACUAUUGUGACAGAGCUCACGCAGAAGGUUGUGGAGCCGCUUCUUACAGACACCCAAAACGAUGGAGAGGUUGAGACCACUGGCUUGUUUGAGAAACCAGAGGACGAAAAAAAUACUCAACCAUCUUCCACACCCAGCAGCAUGGAAGAAUAUUCUCCCACCGUCUCGGAAGGACUUGAGGAGAGCAGUGUGACCAUUGAGACCCCCAUGUUGAACUUGGCUAAACGUGUUAAUCACUGGGUCUGGGACCCCAAUGAGGAGCGUAAGCGCUUGGAAAGGUGGCAACAGGAGCAGGAGCGCCUCCUAAAGGAGCAAUACCAGCGAGAACAAGAGAAGCUGAUGAAGGAAUGGGAGAAAGCACAGCUCGAGGUGGAAGAGGAGGAGAGGAAGCACAAUGAAGAGGAAAGACGCAUUCUAGAGGAGACCGUCACACCCCUCAAUCCUACCGGCCUGUUAAACCAGGUGUCAGGACAGACAGCGGCAACCUCACCUGGUCCAGAAAACGACAACACAACGGGAAAAAAUGUUCCUCUGCAGCACAAUGGCCAAAAAAUCUCUACAGGGAAUGAAGAUCAGCAUGCAUCAAAGCUGCAUUUCUUCCAGGAUUCUGGGGCUGAUGUUGAACCUUCCAAGAAACAGGAAUUGUGGAAAACAGCUUCUCUCGACCGCAAUACUCAGCUGAACCAGGGACAGGUUGUUAAAAGAUCUGGAUCUCAUGAUGUUGUUACAAGUCAACAACAGUCCUCCUCUCCAAAGCCUCAGCCUCCUUCACCCAGCAGGUGUGUUAGUGGAAAGAGACUGUGCACUGGUUGUUCUCAGCCUCUGGGAAAAGGCGCUGCUAUGAUCAUAGAUACGCUGGGACUGUUUUUCCACAUACACUGUUUCAAGUGUGGACUGUGUGGUGUACAGCUUGGUGACGCCUCUGCAGGGACUGACGUACGGAUUCGUAAGGGAAUGCUGAGCUGCCACGAGUGCUACAUUGCAUCUCGGGGCCGAGGUCAGCCCACCACACUAUGAUGACCACUGUUUUGGACCUGGACCCUCAGUGACUGGGUGGAGAACUCUUCUAAAACCCUGAAUCACACUGAAACAGUCUUGACGCUACAAGUCAACAUCUUUUUUCCUCCUUGAAUGCACAACAGCUCACGUGGAUGUUCACAACGAGGAGUCUGAAUCCACGUGGGUCAAAAGUCUCAACUACAUGGACUUGCAGGACUAUCGCUAUACUUCUUAACCGUACACGUGUAUACACUUGUUUUUAGUAUGUGUAGCAUGGAUGUAAUCAAAAAACCAGUUUGCUUAGGCGUUUGCACAUCCAUACAAGACACUCAAUAGGGAUCUUACGCCAAGAGCUGAACACUACUGUCUGUAACACAUCGGCCUCCCAAAUCUUGACUCAUUAACUCCUGCUUCUGCACUGAUCAUGUGACUCCACUCUCUUGAGUGUGAUGCAAAAGGGGUUCAGGUUGGAUAACCUGAAGUAGCUUGACCAUUAUAAUGCCUUAUUCAUACCUUCUCCUUUAUUUUUGGGUUUUGUGUUUACAGUUUUGCAUGGAUAAAAGUAACAUAUAUAUAUAAGUUUUUGUGAGUAUUGCUCAGACGGAUAGUGAGUUGUUAUUUUCUUACCUAUCCUUGUGUUUGUCGUACAUCAUUCUGAUGAUUUUGUUUUUGCUUUUUCUCUAUAAGUCAUUUUACAGGAAUGAGAAUGCAUGUUGUUAAGUAAUAAUACUUGUUCUUUGAAUUUUAAAUAUUUUCCCUUUAGGAUGUUUUAGCCAUUGUUUCUUCUCACAGACUGCACCUGAAUCAGUGCCUUAUGUAAUGAAUGCGAAGGCGAGUGGAGUGUGCAGGAGUAUUUCACACUCGCACAGACCUAAGGGUCUUGGCACAUAGUGUGUGUGUGUGUGUGUGUGUGUGUGUGUGUGUGUGUGUGUGGAUAUGAAUGCAGUGUGUGAUUUGACUUAAAGCACAGUUCCAUACCAGCAAAAAAGAAAUGUUAAAUGGAUCAGCCUCUCCUAAUCACCUGCUGUCCUCUUCCAUCGUCUCCAGUGAACUAAACCAAUGACAUAAUGUUACUUGCUGCUUCCCUGUUUUAAUAUCUUCUUAAGGUAAUCCACAGUGUCCUAAAAUCUCUCCUCGUUUGCCUCUGUAUCACAAGCGUUGCCUCCCCAGAGAAUAAUCUGAACUGUUCUAUCCUCUCUUGUCUCGCCUCAAUCUGGAAACCUGACAGCUUCUUCAUCUCUCAGAGGAAUAGAGCACAGUUCAUUGUCUUUUAUAGUAACUGUAUGUUUAUCAAUAAAAUGUUUUAAAUGGGA